UGGGCGCAUUUUAUUGAUGACUUGUACGAAACCUCUGAUCUGUUGAGGAUCAUUGGCUAUAAGCCUGUAUUGAAAGAGGAUGCAGUACCAACAAUUAAAGGAAAACAAAACUACAAGAAAAGGAAAGUAAAUUCAGUUGCACCAGUUCUCCCGGAGUGUGAGCCGAGCAGUAAUGGCGGAGUACUCAGUAUGGAGAAAAUGGAGAAUGAGUAGACCAGUCGUCAGAUUUCUCUGUUGGAUAUGCCUUUUUUCUUUUUUUUCCCGCUGAAUAUGCUUGCCUCAGCAGCAGUAUCUCACCGUUAUGUGGAAGAAGCGAAUGAACGAAGAACUGAACGAAGAACCGAAAGUCAGAUUGUUUCAAAACAGUCGGCCCCAAGAUCAGCCUUCAAGAAGCGAGAACACAGACAGGAAAGCCAAAGGAUGACGGACAAGCUGAUCAUGCCUUACCUGCAACAAGUGCUCUGGUGUCUGUGAGAGAAGACCACCUGCAGGACAGCUGACAGAGCAAAACAAGUGAAAGAUCUUGACUUGGAAAGUAGCGAAUUGCCUGUGGAGAGAACUCUUGGAAUUCAGUGGCAUGUGGAAAAGGAUAAACUUACCUUUGAUCUAAAAACAUCCUGCAGGACCUAUGCAAACAAAACCAUGCCUGGGAUAAAGACCUACCAGCGCACCAUGUGCAGAUGUGGCAGGAAUGGCUGACUGGACUGAGGCACAUUGGAGAGCUUGUGGUUGCCAGGUGUAUGAAGCCCGAGCACUUCGGUCAGGUAACAUCUGCACAAUUACACCACUUCAGUGAUGCUUCAGAGAGUGGAUAUGGUUGUGUUUCCUACCUGCAUCUUGAGAAUGCAAAACAGGAAGUGCACAUCUCCUUUGUAAUGGGCAAGUCACGUGUAGCACCCCUGAAGCAAAUGACCAUGCCAAGACUGGAGCUUACUGCAGCAGUGCUCGCAGUUCGAAUAGACAAGCUCAUCAGAACAGAGUUACAGCUCACACUAGAAAGUUCAGUCUUCUGGACUGAUAGCACAGCAGUGCUAAAAUGCAUAAGAAAUGAAAACAAACGAUUCAAAACAUUUAUGGCCAAUAGGGUGCACACAAUAAGAGAAAUGACAGAAGUCAAACAGUGGAGAUACAUUGAGACAAAACUUAACCCAGCAGACUGUGCAUCUCGUGGGUGUAAAGCCAGUGCACUUACCCAGUCCACCACAUGGCUAAGUGGCCCACACUUUCUCAGACAACAAGAGUCUGAAUGGCCAAAGUCUGACAUUGACCCACAAACAUGUGACGAUGGUGAUGCUGAAGUGAAGAGAGAUGUUGUUGUCAUGGCAACCACAACAGACCAGAACCCAACCCACAACUUCAUACAGUACCAUUCAAACUGGAGUAAGCUCAUUAGAGCAGUGGUAUGGAUGCUCAGACUGAAAACAGUGCUCUUGAACCUAAGUCGAAAAAGAAGAGAGAUGCUGAAUGUUGAUUCUGAUGACAAGAAACCAUGGAAAAUGAAGGAAAAAAUGAAACAAAAUGUACGAACACACAACUUACCUUGGAUGAGCUAAAGGCUGCAGAACAUGCCAUCAUUCAAUUUGCUCAGAGUGAAAGUUACCCAGAGGAAAUGGAAACCUUGAAGAAGGGCAUCACACAUGUUAGCCAUCAUAGCACAAUUCGCAAGCUGGACCCUUUCAUACAGGAUGGACUUCUCCAUACUGGAGGAAGACUGAACAGAAUGGCUAUUCCUGAAGAUCAAAAACACCCUGUGAUUCUUCCCAAACACCACCAUGUGUCCAAACUUGUGCUUAGACAUAUACAUGAACAGCUAGGCCACAGUGGAAGAAACCACAUGUUGUCCAAACUGUGACAAAAAUACUGGAUUCCAGCAGCAAAUGCUCAUGUGAGAAAAAUAUGCUCAGAAUGUUUCCUGUGCCAGCGCAAUCAUUCCAACUUGGGACAGCAAAAAAUGGCAGAUCUUCCCAAAGAAAGAGUCAAGCCAAACUUGCCCCCAUUCACCUUUGUUGGAGCAGACUUCUUUGGCCCAAUAAUUGUAAAGAAGGGUUGCAGUGAUGUUAAAAGAUAUGGCGUAAUCUUUACAUGUCUGACUACUAGAGCAGUACAUCUAGAAAUUGCCAAUUCCAUGGACACAGAUUCAUGCAUUAAUGCAAUACGACGAUUCAUAAGCCGACGUGGACAAGUGAAACAAAUCAGAUCCGACAAUGGCACAAACUUGACAUCAGCUGACAAAGAACUAAAGAAUGCCAUUAAAGAAUGGAACCAAAGCAACAAACUGCAAGUUGCCUUGCAACAAAAGGGAAUAGAGUGGACUUACAACCCUCCUGCUGCUUCACACUUUGGGGGUGUGUGGGAACGCCUCAUAAAACAGAUCAAACUCAUUCUCUUGGCCAUAACCAAACAACAAACAUUAGAUGAUGAAUUAUUACAUACUUUCAUCUGUGAGGUAGAAGCCAUUCUCAAUAGCUGCCCACUUACCACAGUGUCUGAUAGCCCCACUGAUCUCGAACCUCUUACACCUAACCACUUUUUGCUGCUUAAAGGUCAACCUUUGCUACCCCCAGGUUUAUUUGACAAGACAGAUGUGUACAGUAAGAAAAGAUGGAAACAAGUGCAAUAUUUGGCAGAUUUAUUUUGGAAAAGAUGGGUUAGAGAGUACCUCCCCACUUUACAAGAACGACAAAAAUGGUUUACAACAAAGAGAAAUUAUGUAUGUGGAGAUAUUGUUUUGAUUGCAGAUCCCAAUGCACCAAGGGGAUCCUGGAUGUUGGGUAAGGUCAUUGAUGCUCAUAAGGAUUCAAAAGGUAUUGUUCGUAGUGUAACCUUAAAACUAGAACAAGUGUCAUUGAUUGUCCCAUCUCAAAGAUUUGUUUAUUGUUGGAGAGUGACAUGUAAAUAUGUAAAUAGAUGUGUGAUGGGGAAUGGUGAUUUGUACAUACUUUAAUGGAUAUGCUUGUGUCAUGUGUGUGAGUUCACAGGUACAUUACCUCAUAAUGGACUAUGCCUCAAACAAGGAGCUUGCGUGCGCACAUGCUUACACAAACACAGAUCCUGCAAUGUGCACACACAAGCGUACACAAAUAAGGACCUGGCAAUCUACAACGUGCACACACAAGCGCACACAAACACUGCAUCACAACAUAUUGCGCACACACAAACAAAAUGGACUCUUGCAUGAGCAAUGCCUGUAAUGGCAAAUGGACUUUAUGGACUCUUACAUGAGCAAUACCUGCAAUGGCAAAUGAACUUUAUGGACUGAAUCUUGAAAUCAAUGAUUGUUAAAAAAAAAAAAAAAACUUUGUACAACUUUGAUGUUUAUUGUGAAUGAUUGAAUUGAAUUGUAUAUGGCUCCAUAUUUUAUUUGGUUUGUUAUUGUACCUGUCCUUAGCCAGUAGCAAUAAGGGGGGGUGAUGUGUAGGAGCCAUUUUUAUUUUGUCUUGGCAUUUUGGGUUAUUUGUUUUUUUGGAAUUGUGACACCUGCUGGCGGAAAUUUGUACCUGUACCUUGGAAUUGGUUAACCUGUCUGGUGGUUCACCUGGCUUAAUUGGCUCAGGUGAAUAAUCAGGCUACAGCGUUUUUAAAACAAAGAGCUCUCGUUGAUCAUUCAGCUUUGGGGUUUUUGGAAAGGAACAAAGACACGCCAGCAGGCAAAUGAUUUUCAAUAUCGCAUAUUUAUGUUUACUUGACGGUUUUGCUUUUGGAAACUUUGGGCUUUGUUUAAUUAUGGAAUUUGGAACCGGGAAGAAUUUUGAGU